GCAAUGGGAAAAUUGAACCAAAAAAAUAUCUAUGACUGUGUUUGUAUUCUGUGGUUCUGUCAAGUCGCUUUUUGAAAUGUUAGCAGGUAGUUAUUUUGAACAUAAUCCUUACAGAUUUUUUAUUCAUUUCGUUUUAUAUGUAGAAAUUAAUUUAUUAAAUUGACAUUGGUUGCAUUGUGCGAAAUGCGCAAAUAGGCCAUUAAUAAGAGAAGAAGAAAAAGACAUUGGCCAUUAAUAAAAGAAGACAGAAGGCAACAUUAUACAAUUGCUUGUAGAAACUUCGAAUGUACAGAAGCAAUAACAUUUACAACAAUAAACACUCAUAUAAUAUUGUGCUCCAUGAAGAAAGUGCGCUUUGAGUCUCCUGUACGGGUUUUUAGCAAUACAAUGGGUGAUUUAGAAUGCCAUUCCCCACGACCGUUUAUUGAUAAACAAGUGGUAGUUAGUAGACCUGUUUUAUUUGAGGGUUAUCAGAGAUUGCUUCCAUAUAGCUCAGAUCCUGUGCAUAGGUUUGAAAAUAGUAAUAACUCACCAUAUCCUACAAUGAAAAAGACUCUUAUAGACGAUUCUAGUUCCCGCUGUAUGCCAUCUAAUGAUUUAGAUUUAAGUAUGUUAGAUGGAUCUACCCAUGUACCAAGAAAACCACCAUAUCAUACUAAGCAAGUGUUUUCAUGCGAAGGAGAACAGAUUCAUAGAAGUGACAUAAAAACAUUUACAAAUGCUGCAAUAAAAUCACCACAAACAGUUUUGUCUUCAAUUGAGAAUACAAGUGCACUUGAGCAGUCUGCAAAUAAUAUUAGAUCUAAUAAUUUCUUUAUAAGGCGUGAUAAUUUAAAGGAAUUAAAUUCACCUAAAGUAUAUUCCUUGCAAAAUCAAAUGGGUAAAUUAAGUUUGAACAAGGAAAAUGUUGCUUUAGAAAAACAAGCAGAGAUAGCAAGAUUGUCUGCAGCAAAUGCAAAUAAUACAUAUAUGCAACUGCAAAAUGUAAAAACUGAUAUUCCAAAUGAAUGUCGAUGCCACCAUUGUAUUAAAUUGAUUGAAAAUGCAUCAUGUAAACUUAAUCAGCAUAAUCAAACAAUAACAAACAAUUCUAAAGAACAUAUCCAAACCUUGAACUGCUCAUGUAAUUUACAUGGUCACAGAUUACAAUCUUUGCAUAAUAGUUACCACUGUAAUAAUUGUGUUCCUGUUGAGCAUCAAUCUCAUUUUUGUCACUGUCAAAAAGAAGACGCACAUCCUGAAAUUGUAGAUAAAAAGACUUGGAUGCUAAAAAAAUAUGAGCAAAGCAAAGACUGUGAUACAUUGGAAAUUGAUAGGCAAAAUAUUAUUGUCAAGGAGAAAAGAGAACCUACAGUUGCAGAUCUCUUCAAAAUAAUUAAACUCCAAAAUGAACAACUUCAGCUGCUUCAGGAGAAAGUAGACAAGUUUAUAUCUGCUACUAGUGUAAAUAGACCUGUACAAAACUAUGUGACUGAGCAAGGGGCUCUCGAAGCUGUUGGUAGUGAACAACAGAAAAUAUCUAUUGGUGUUAUGACUAGCUUUGAGAUGGUGAGGACUUCCACUGUGAUAAAUAAAGAGAUUGUUACCCAAACUAAUGAAAGUGGGCACAUUCAAUGCAACAGAUCACAAAUCAGCAUAAAGGAAGUUGUAAGUAAAAGUCAACAAGGCAAUUUGAAUUUCUUGGAUGGGAUAACACCUAUUUCCAAAGCAAAUUCUCAACAAAAUUUAGAUUGCACAAAAUCACAGGUACAAAAGGCUAGUGACAAAGGUCAGUUAUGUUUGAAUGAAAAUGUCAAUGAUGACAAGACACUGAACGAACUCAGUCUUUACAAUGUUGAAAUAGAUAAUGCUAUCACACCUCAAAUAUCACCAGAACAGAGUCUCUAUUUGGAUGUUAGAGAUUAUAGUGAGUGAGUUGCACCAUCUAAAUAUAUGUAUUGCUUUGUAAUAUAAUGUUUGAUUCAGCAUUUAUUAAUAUUUGGAAAUAUAUUUCAGUUCUGAUUCUGGUGGUGAAGACAACUCCAAUGUUGGUUGGACUUAUUACAAUAAAGUUAUGGUAUGUAUAUUUAUUUUUUAGUUAGAUCUAAUGUAAUAAUUAUUUGUUUUUUAUUAGCUUUUCGCCAGUUGCUUCUCCCGCUUGAUCCCCAGGAAACUGUUUAUUUGGAUAUCUAUUCAUAUUGUGACACAUAUAUAAUUACAAUGACAAAUUGAAUACUAAACAAUGGGUACUAUGGCAACAUUUUAAUUCCCUCUAUUAACUUCCACUCCUAUUUUCAUUCAUCCCUUUUAUAUAUAUGUGUGUAUAUAUAUACGUAUAUGCUAUGUUCACUGCUUAUGAUUUAGCUUCCCAAAGGUGAAAGAAUUUUUAAAAUAGGUUCAGUAGUUUGGAAGCUUGUUUGUUGCAAACAAUCAAAUCUUUCCUUUUUUAUAAUAUUAGUAUAGAUUUGUAAAAAAUAUUAAUCGUUUCAGACACAUGUUAAUGGAAUGCUACAAGACUCAGAUAUGCCAUCAUCGGCUAGUGCAAUGUAUAGGAAUUUGCGACAACAGUGUGUUCAAAUGCAAAUUGACAAGACAAAUGUCAGUGUGACCAAAAGAGUAAAAUUUGGUGAUGAUCCACUUGGUAUUCAACAGCCUCAUAUAUAUAACGCAACUACUGAUACAAGCCUAAAGAUGAAUCAACUAGCUGCAAAGUAUUUAAAGAUUAACACUCCUCCUUUAUACCAAAUACCAUCAUCUAAACCCACUGUGAUGCCUAUUGACAUGUCUUUCGCGACUAGAAAUUACAUGGAAAGACAUAAAAUUUUACAAGGUGGUAACAUGUUUCCAUCGCAACCAGGUCCAGCAAUUGAGAUGCCAAAGUUUUUGGACAUCACUGCGUUAAAACAACAGCCAAAGUUUUUAUAGUUAAGCAUUUGUAGUAUUAAGACUGUUGUGCAAAUAUAUUUUAUAAAUAAGACACAAAACAUUGAACAGACAUUUAUUUAAACUUCAGAGAAUAUAACAGAGUAUAUUAAUCUAUUUUGUAUAUUUCUGUUUGUGAACUUGCUGUAUUUUUAUAUUCAAUACACUUUACUCUGAAUAUUGUUAUAAGAAUUGUAUCACUACAUACAUAAUAUAUCGUAUUUUUAUCUCUUUAAUAUGUAUAUCUUUUAUUUUAAAUGUAUCUUUUUAAUUUGUUUGAUUUUAUCACAUUUUUUUGGAGAUGGUUAUGAAAUAUAACUUAACUAUUUAAUGGUAGGCCUAUUUACGUUACCAUCAUUCACACAAAUAAGCACAUUUAUAAAUUUAUUUUGUAAUUAUUCUUUUAUAAUUAAACAACAACUCUUUAUUUGGAGGUAUUUUAUCUUUCAAACGUUAAUUUUAAAUUCCUUUGGUUUUCAAACAUAUUUACAAACAUUCAUUUCACCAAUAUUGAUAGACCAAGUUCAUUAGCAAUCGGAAGUGCCCCAAUCUCGCAAUUUAAUUAACAUCCACCUUAAAUAUUAUGAAUUAAAUAUAAGAAUCUGUACUGUAAAAUUAUUAAGCUUAACAUGUGGACACUCGUAAUUACUCUGUGCUAUUUUAAUUAUAAGGGCGCAUUCCCAUUUUCUGACGACAGAUAAUCGUGCAAUUAGAGUCGUUGCUUGUACUUACGGCGAGAAAUUUGCCAGUUUUGUAUACAAAACUGUUUUUUUAUAUAUACAAAACAAAAUUUGUCAGUUUUGUUAAAUUUGUCUAGUAUAUUUUAGGCUAUCGUUUGGCGUUAUUAAAUAUUGAUGUGUUUUAAUCUAGGAAGGCGCGAUUACCU